AGACAAACGCUUGCCGGCAGCUGUCAACAACAAUCCGCAAAAGCAAUCAUCACGAAUCAAACAAGAGCGCGCAUUUUUUUCGUUCCAUUGGUUCCAUUUGCAUUUAAAAUAAAGAAAAAAUCCUUCCAUAAUGUUUCUCCGACCAACGGCCGCCCGCCUCCUCUCGAAUGUCCCCAGCUGCCUCAUCCGAAGCUACAGCAGCGCUCCAGAUCGCAUCGAAAAGACCGUAAACACGGUCACGCUGCUGGGGCGCGUCGGUGCAGAUCCCCAGAAGCGCGGUAGCGAAGCCCACCCGGUGGUCACAUUCUCCGUGGCGACACAUUCCAACUAUCGGUAUGAUUCGGGCGAUUGGAUGCAGAAGACCGAUUGGCAUCGAGUGGUUGUGUUUAAACCUGCCCUGCGCGAUGCCGUCAUGAACUACCUGCGGAAGGGCCAGCGAACGAUGGUGACGGGAAAGAUUACCUACGGCGAAAUAACGGACCAGGAGGGCAAACAGCGACCGACGACCAGCGUCAUCGCGGACGACGUGAUCUUCCUUCAGAACCAAAGUCAGUGACGGGAUUAGCUUAGCUUUGUAGAGUUGAACCAAGAAUAAAGUUAGUUUUGUUAUAAGAAAGUC